ACUACCUCCGCUACCAAACCCAAGCAACAUUUAUCUCCAGGUUCCUCCGUCCAGAAGCAGCCAAGAUGCCUCGCGCAGAAGUCGGAACACCCAAGUACCUUGCCAACAAGAUGAAGGCGAAGGGCCUCCAGCGAUUACGAUGGUACUGUCAAGUCUGCCAAAAGCAGUGUCGCGAUGAAAACGGCUUCAAAUGUCACGCUCAAUCCGAGUCGCAUCUGCGGCAGAUGCUCGUGGUCGGCGAGAGUGCAGGCCGGCACAUCGCGGACUUCUCCUCCGAAUUUCAGCAUGACUUCGUACAGCUGCUCUCCCGCAGGUUUGGUACCAAGCGUGUGAAGGCGAACACCGUGUACCAAGAAUUCAUUCAAGACCGAAAUCAUCUGCACAUGAAUGCUACACGCUGGGUCACGCUGACGGAGUUCGUCAAGCAUCUCGGUCGGACGGGUGUGGCUAGAGUGGACGAGACGGAGAAAGGGUGGUUCAUAGCCUGGAUAGACAACAGCCCGAAAGCGCUUGCCAAACAGGAAGCUUCUCUGAAGAAGGAACGGGCGACGAUGUCCGAUGAGCAACGGGAACGAAUGCUCAUCGCAGAACAGAUUGAGCGGGCUGCUGCCACCACUGAUCCAUCGGAACAGUCACCGCCGCCUGUGGAAGAGGGUCUAAAGCGUGAUGAGGGCACGGAGAAAAUCGUACUGUCCUUUGCACCCAAGGCUCCUGCGGCUGCAGCUGCAUCGACGCCUACGGCGUCUAUAGGGGGACUAAAACUUAAUCCGUUGAAACCCGCUACGAAUCCUCUAAAGUCAGCUGUGAACCCGUUGAAGCGCCCAAGCAUUUUCAAAACCACUACCGCAUCGUCGAUGCCUGCGCCUUCAAGUGAGGGAGAGCAAGGUAAUGGGAAGAAGAGAGAGGCACCGAUGUCAGCUGCAGAGCGAAUCAUUUUCGAGGAUCAAGAGCGGAAACGGAGACGAUUGGAGAGAGAGGCUGCGGCGUAGAGCUACCUCUAUUUUGCUCGCCGGAUGGACGGUGCGAUUCAUGUACUUUUGUGUUAGCAUUAUUGUAUGGAGUUUCCAUUUUUUGUUCCCCUAUAACCUCGAUAUCUAACAGCGCGUUUUCCGUGGCUCCCGCUGUGCAUGUAUCUGCCUCGCAGACGUGGCUGGGACAUGCUGCAAACCAUAUGAUAUGCUUUGCAUAUUGGUAUAAGACAU